CAAAACCUUCGGCUGAAAUGAAACGAGGCAACGUGGAGAGUUAGAUUAGAAUUCAAACUCUUAUACUAUUUAUACUCUGUAUAAUUCAUUUGCUUGAAUAAAAGUAAAAAUAUACAUUCAUAUAUGAAGUCUAUAUAUCUGUAUGUAUGUAUAUGAACACAUACGAACUAAAGAGUGAAAAAGGGAGUGGAAUAUCGGGGUGGCUGCGUAGCUACGGGUCGAACCCCCACUAGAUCACCAUGAAAACGAUGCUCGUCGGGAGCGUGAAAAGGCACCGCGGGACGCCACUGGACGCCAGAGGGAAAGGGAGAACUCGCCGGAGAAGAGACCCACUUGUUUCGCCGGACUGUCGGACCUCAUCCUUGCCGUAGGAGACGACAAGGCCGCAGCCUUUGAUCGCCAGAGUCGUUGUUGUCUGUCACCGGUCAAAGAAACGGCUGCAAACAUCGGACGUCCCUGCUCCUUGUUCCGACGAAGAAGACUAUUCCUGCAUGCAGUGAUUAUUUAGAGACCAAGUUAGAAGAAGUGAACUAGGAGCAUCAGGACUUAAGGUAAUGAUGACUAUGUUGAUUGAUGAUUGCAUGCGCCUGAGAGCGGACUAGAGAUGCCUUAGAAAAACGUAGUCAAGAAUAAACAUUUUAAUUAUGUCAAAUAUUUGUUUUACUCUGUUUUGUUUUGGGAUUGCCUGUGCAUUCGGUUAAGAGAUGACCGGAUGUGGCGGUAACACCCAUUUCCCAUUUAAUGAUAUUUCCGUUGCAGAACUUUUUAUCUAUUUUGAAUGAAUAAAUCAAGUUUAUUAUCAAUAAAUCUAUUAUUUCAAGUAUUAUUUUGGGAGGGAAAAUGGGGGUGUUACAGCAGCGAAGUACGGUCUCAGUAUCGUCGGGGCGCAGCAAUCCAGUUGAGAAGGUCAACAAAGUCCAGGGAGAGGUACGGCUCUCCUCGUGCAGUGGACGAGCAGGCCCCGGUUGCAAAGCCUUAGAUGGAGAAUAUCGUCACUCAGUAUGACAAUAUGGUCAUUGAUGGGGAUGAUGAGGAGUUGGUGUUCAAAGAUGAUAGAAGGUGUAGUGGAUAUUGCAGACGAGCGAAGGGCAGUGUUUUUGGUGGUAGGCACACUACUCAUAGAGCGAAUGAUAAAGUUCCAUAUUUUCAAAGAUCCUAUGACCUCACUUUGGCGUCCCGGAAAAGGUGUGUCAAUCAAGGAGAUCGGCGAAAAGAGAAGCCUUGUCCUCGAGGGGGAAACAAGCAGUAGAAUGUUGCUCAGAGCAGUGAUGGAGGAAUGGAAGUAGCGACACAGAUCUGGAUUGUUACUAUGUCUAACCCCGGGAAGACUACAUUAGUAGGAGGUAGUUUUGUUGAUGCAAAGGAGGUAUCGGGUGACCGGAAGAGCAUGAGGCUAUGAGAGGAGCGAAAGCAAGAAGACGCAAGUGGCGAGGACAUGACUCUGAAUAAACCAAAAAAUAGGGAGGAGGCGGGUGCUAGACACCAGACUUGCCGGGAAUUUUAAAGAAGACUCAUGAUUGGUCCGGGGCAUGGAGGGUCCUCGUGAUUCCGUGAUUCCGAGGACGACACAUCAGUUUAAUUUUGCUAUCUUUAUUUUUGCCAUAUACUUUGAUCAGACUGUUGUUAUUUUUGAUUUUUAUUUCUCUUUUUGUAGGACUCUUUUAUUAGGAUUGCGUGAUGAAAUGUCUGCUUUGAUCGUCUUUGACUCGAUCAGUCAUGUCCAAUUGUCCAUUACAGAAUCGGCGAGUCAUAUUGCUUUCAUGAAGGUGAUUGACUCUAAGUCUUGUUCGAGGGCUGGAGGUUGGGCGUUGUUCUUUUGUCUGUUUGUUCGCUAUUUGAAUGUGAUGAUAUCAAUUUAAGUCUCCU